GCAGUGCAGCGGCCCCUCCUGCACAGCGUCCUUAGCAACGGGGAGGUAGGCGGGGUCUCUCGCAGGGCUUGUAUCCAGGACACACCCGGGACCCCGUGCAGGCCGGUAUAGGACCGAGGAGUCUCAUGAUCACUUCUAGGUGCACUCAUCUGUCAUAGAGUGAGAAAUAUAAAGCCAAUAAACAAUCAUUUUGUAAUGAAAUAAUGACAGACAGGCUGAAUAGAAAGUUCAUAUUAUGUGGAACAAGCCUGUCAGAACUGGGGCCUACUGUGACAAAUCUAAGACAGUCAUUAUAUACAAACAGGACUAACAUAUCAGAGCGUCUGCCUAGAAUUGCAGGGAUUGGUCAGCCCAACUGUACAACACCGAAGUGUUUUCCCAGUCACAUUAGAACUGAAGAGCCUAGGAAGAGUGUUGCCAACAAAUCAGUUCAGGUGUCAUCUGAGGAAGAAAGCUCGUUGCUGUCAAAUAUAAAAGCUUUAAAAAAAGAAAAUUGCUUCCUCCGAUCAUCCCUUCAAGAAAAAGAGAAUUUGGUCUAUGAACUAAUAUUAACCAUUAAGACUAAGACACAGCAGUUUACCAAAGACAUUGAACUUGAAGUAAACAACUAUAAAACAACCAGACAGGCACUGGAGAGGAGCCAGAGGUUAGUGGAAAUGAAAGAAAAGCUCCUGGAGGAAAAUAUGCUGCAUUAUAACAAAGUAAACCAAGAACUGCAGAGUCAGUUUGAGGAGGCAGUGACAUCUCUUCAGGAGCAGAGCCAAAAAGAGAUCAGCAUCAGGGAUGAAAAGAUUAAUAGACUGAAGAAACAGAUCUCUGAACUUUUCAAAGACAAGUCAUGGGAGCAUCUAAUGCAGAUGAAAGAACUGGAAAUAGAAUGGAGUCGUGUAAGAGAGGAAGCUCAGGAUAAACGUGAAUGUGAACAGUGCAAGUCAUUGACUUCAGCCUUGGAGAAAAGCAGGUCACAGCUAACACUGAAGGACAGGACAAUUGAGGAGCUACAGUCAAUGUGCCAAAUACUAGAAACAAAGCUCCAGGAAGAACAAUGUAAAGAGUGCAAGUCAUUGAGGUCAGCCCUGGAAGUCAGCAGGUCACAGCUGAAGCUAAAGGACAGGACAAUUGAGGAGCUACAGUCAAUAUGCCAAAGACUGGAAACAAAGCUCCAGGAACAAGAGAAAUUUGUGAACCUUCUUGUGGCCACAAACAGUAGGAGCCUGAGAAUACCUUACUAAAUAUCAUAGACUAUCACAGAUAACCAUAUUAUAUUUUUUUAGGGUAACUUUUAAAUUUAGUUUUAAAUGUCAAAUGUUAGCAUAUUUUAAAUAGGAAUUACUAUAAAACUAAAUUUGUUCAAUGGAAUAAAUACAAUGUCUGCAUAAAUCAAAGGAUUUUACUUAUUUAUGAGGUCUGCAUUCAUCCAUAGUAAAUGUGAUAUUUGAAGGUUCCUGAUCUAUGGGGGUGAUUCCGAGUUGUUCGCUCGCUAGCUGCUUUAGCAGCAUUGCACACGCUGGGAGUGUAUCUUAGCUUAGCAGAAGUGCGAAUGAAAGAUUAGCAGAAUUGCGAAUAGAAAUUUCUUAGCAGUUUCUGAGUAGCUCCAGACUUACUCAGCCCUUUUCGUUCCUAGUUUGACGUCACAAACACACCCAGCUUUUGCCCAACCACUCCCCCGUUUCUCCAGCCACUCCUGCGUUUUGCAACUAGAACGCCUGCGUUUUUCCGCACACUCCCAUAAAACGGCCAGUUUCCGCCCAGAAACAACCACUUCCUGUCAAUCACACUACGAUCAGCACAGCGAUGAAAAAGCUUUGUUAUGCCGUGAGUAAAAUACCUAACUUUUGUGUAAAAUAACUAAGCGCAUGCGCUCUGCGAACCUUGCGCAUGCGCAGUAAGCGACUAAUCGCAGUAUAGCGAAAAUCGGCAACGAGCGAACAACUCGGAAUGACCCCCUCUGUGUGUAGGCUACAAUUACCAUUUAGCUUUAGCGGGGGCAGUUUAAGAGCAGUGAGAGUCCAUGUUCAUGGGUAUCCGUUCACAUGGUCGACCAUGUUAUGGUCGACACAUGAACGGUCGACACAUGAAAAGGUCGACAUGAGUUUAACUUUUUUUUCUUUUGGGGAACUUUUCCAUACUUUACGAUCCACGUGGACUACGAUUGGAACGGUAAUCUGUGCCGAGCGAAGCGGUAGCGGAGCAAAGGCACCAUGCCUGAAGCAUGGCGAGCGAACGCGGUGCACUAAUUGGGGUUCCCAGUUACUUUACGCAAAAAACGACACCAAAAAAACUAAAAAAACUCAUGUCGACCUUUUUAUGUGUCGACCAUUUUUAUGUGUCGACCAUGUGUCAAUGUCGACCAAUAGUGGUCGACCUAAUGACUGUCGACCAUAACAUGGUCGACCAUUCAUACCGGAACCGUGUUCAUUAGGGAGGCCAAUCCCGGGCCGUUUUGAAAAACGAUCAAUCCCAGGAUUCCCGGGAUUGCAGUAGGGAUCAGUGAAGAAGGGUGUAG